AUGCCCCUACAAGGGCUGAGACUCGAACCAAGUUUCAGGUUGUCUAUAGGGAGAUGCUACGUUGCGGUGUGGUGCCCAGAGCUAGGCGCAAUAUCGAAGAUCAUCUAUGACCAGUCUACUGGCAAUAUUCAUAUUUCGGGCUUCCAAAUGGGAUGGCCUUUCCUGGAUCCUCUUGAAUGGUCAGACACCUGUUUUGUCCAGUAUAGGCUAGCGAAACGACCUAACAAGAUGGAUUAG